AUGGUGGCUAAUGUAUCGGAACCAUAUGAGAUUAGGGUGGUGAGACUUCCGCCAGCCAAGUCCACGAGGGAAUUGCUAAAUCUUGUGGAGGAUAAGGAGGAAGGAGAGGUUGACCCAGAGGAGCAGGAGAAGAAGGCCAAUUUGGGCGCUAUGGUUGAUGAGCUUAGACAGCUUGUACCUAGAAUGGUGCACGAGACAUUACCGAAGCACUUGAUUCUGCCCGAUAUCAUGCUACGAAUCUGUCCCUCUCACUUUGAACAGAUAAACGCUUUCUUGCCAAAUAUAAAGGGACACGUAUCUUACUACGCAACGUGUAAGGCCUUGCAAUUGUUCAUGACAUCGGUGGUGGUGAACCCCAAUGUUCAACUACACAUCCAGAACAUGCGAACUACCACGGCAUCUGACUUCUCAUGUGUCUACCCUGAGUCUCAAAAGAUCUUUGUGCGCUGGACAACGUGUCCUGAGGGAUGCACUCAUCUCACUCGUCAUUCCUCAGCAUCGAGCCUGAAAACCGGUGACGCAAAAUUGGGGAGCCACAGAUGGUCCCGAAUAGAUGCAGAUAAGUUUGUGGAUGCCAAAGAACACCCUUACAACUGGUCACUCACUUCAUCAUUGGCUGAUCUUACCAAAGGUAUCAUUGGACUUAAAAAAGAGGACUCUGACUCUUUGGAGAGGGUGGUUCUGGGAAUCUUCAUUUUCGAGCUCAAUGAUAAAAACAGUCAGAUCAUAGCACAUACUAUAGAAGAUAUGGAUGUCAUUGAAAGAAGAGAGCAGCAGGGCGUGGACGGCAAGCUACGUGUGUGCUGA